UUCAUCGUACGUACGGAUCUAUCGCGAAUAUUAAGCAUGUAGGAAGUCAGUCUUUUGAUUUGAUGUCCCGGGAGUUGCCGGAAAGUUACUUUGUUUUUAACAAGAACAGUUUUUGCUUUCAGAAGCAUGACUUGUAGACAUUGUGAAAUUGUGUGUGUUGUGUUGUCCGUGUGUGUGUCCGUCAUAUUAGCAGCCAGUUCCAACCCAAUCAAACAAUCUGACGUCUGCCAUAAUGGUUGUAACCAAGACAACCACGCACUCCAGUGCAGACUCAAAGAGAGGCUGGCAGUGGACCGGGCGUAUUACGGCUACAAAGCCAUAAAGGGUUGUCCUCUGUCCUGGGACUGCAGUAACAGCACUUCUGGUUCGGAGGGACCGUGCUGUCAGGUGGACGAGAAGGCGGACUGCAGGCGUCCGUUCCGUCACGACAUCCUCGAGAACAUCCUGGAGGAGUGCACAGGCAAGACGAAGUGUUCGUUCCCGACCGACAGGUGGAACGAGUCGUGUUCCUCCUCCACCGGCGACGUGGCCAGCUAUUCGCACGUCAACUACCGCUGUGUCAAAGAUUCCCUGGUAGGCGACAUCUGUCAGCCGCGUGUGUACAUCCGAGGUCUGAUCGUGUACGCCAUGUACAAUCCUCAGAGCACCGAGACCUUCAAGAACGGAUCCUGCUCCUGUACCAUCCAGUCGUCUCGCGUCGGCACCACUGCCGAGGUGGAGAUCUUCGCCAUAGACUUGAGACUGCCGACCACGAAGGUGGGGAACUGCUCGCGACUGGAGGUUCUGGACAAGGGCGUCCUGCUAGGGUUCGGGUGUGAAAACACCAACGAUGUGCCCGCCAGUCUGCUGAGGUCGCUCACCAAGACGACGACGCCGCUGUCGCUGCAACUGACGUUGGCGAACCCAGGUCUACCCAAGUUCGUGUGGCUUAGUUUUGAAGCGUCAAGUGAGAUAGUCCUACGUUGUGGUAACGACGCCUUGGAUCUGGAGGUUGGAAUUUAUCCCUGGAUGUUGGAGGGUCUCACAGAAACAGGAAUCAAUUCAGACUGGGUUGCAGCGAUACUGUUUGGGGUUUUGAUAGGCAUACUGGUGCUCUCAGUAACACUGGCGGGAUUCCCCUGGUACAUGAGGAAGCUGAUAGCGGAAAGUCAGGAAACGAAGUCUGGAAACGAGGCUCGGACUUCCAUGAACGGAAACGUGCUCGGCCAGAGACGGAGUUCGCGCGACCCGAAGAUUUACGUCGAUGUGGAGGAGGCGCUGUACGGCACGCCCCCUAGCUACACGUCCGAGGACAGGAACGGACACCUGUAUUCCGGGUCCGCCGCUAAGAUGAAACUCCCCAGAAAGAGUGAAACCAAGCUGGUCGACCUGCCUCAGAUUCCGAAGGGCGUCGAAGGCAAAAUGGUGGAAAACGGUGAAUGUUACUACGCCAUGGACGGGGGCAGUGAUCAGGGCACGAUCGAACGAAGGGACAACUCCUUUAAAUCCGACCCCAGUGGUAGAGAGUCCGUGUCCAUGAUCUACUCAGAAAUUCCAUACGAGGCCAUGGCGACGUGCAAGACGGGGAUGUCGACGUUCAAGGACGACGGCGAAUACACGACGCCCUCCAUCUCAUUCUCCACGGCGUCGACACUGAAUCGCGACGCUCAGUACGAGUCGACGUUCGGUGACGUCAUCGCUCAGCUCGGCAAGGCUCCCAGCAUGGAGUCCAUCGAGCUGUCCACGUUACCAAGACAACGACACGGCCCGGAUGUAGAUGAGGACGACGAGUAUCUACUUCCGGUUACCAGCCCGAAGAGGAGGCGAUCUCAGGAGAUAAUCGGCGAAGUCCGGAAGUUCAUCAAUCACGCGUUCGUGGAAAAGGGAGACAACGAGAACGCGCAGGUCAAGGAUAUCCCGGAAACGGAAACCUCACUCGACGUUACGGACUUCUCUGACGUCUCAUCGGCGGCCGUCUCGGAAGUAAACCCCGACGAGUUUAGGUUUGAAAACACCCAGUAUGGCUUCUAAACGACUCUGCGUUCGUCUGUCCGUCUGUCUGGGUGGCUUAGGACGAUGCUGAGGCGCAUUGUGAUGAUCGUAGGCGUAUGGGGCCCCUAUUUUUAAAUGCAGGCAGGCUGAUUUUUGCCUGAAUUAAACAAUAAUGCCGGAAAGAAACGAAAAUGUCGAAGGAAAACCGCAAAUGCCGAAAAAACCCCGCCCGAAAACGUUCGAAUCUGGAUAAUAACGUUUAUUCAUAUUGACAUUACUACCAAACAGCUAUAUAGAGUUGAAAACGAACCACUACGCAUUUUUACAUGAAAUAUAAAGAAAUACGUGGUGAAAAGGUUUCAGGCCAGCUUAUUUUGCUCAAAGAUUUCCUCCAGUUUACAGAGUCCGGUUUUGGCGGGUUUCUCUAUAUGCACGCUUAUGAUAAUGAUGCUAACAAUGUCGCUGUUCACGAUUGUAAGAUUCCUGUUACUGGAGCACAAUCAACGGUAUCUGACGUUGUAACCUAACACGUGAACAUUAAAGAAAUACAAGCUGCUUGAUUUUAAGAAAGGAUUAAGACACUGUGUUUGACUAUGAAAUGUUGUGGUACCCAGAAACCAACGUAUUACGUAAAGUUGAUGGUAUGUGCUGAACUGUCUGUAUUUAUCCUGCAGUCAGUGUUUUAAAUAUUGUAUGUAUACUUAUUAAAGUAAACAUACCUCAAACACUAUACCAAGUAUGUUUAUCCGAGAAUGGGUAGUACUAUCUUAAAUAUUGUACUUGGUGUAUUUAUUUGAGUAUACAUACUAGUAUUAUGCUAUAUAUUAUACAACUGCGUAUGUGUUUGGGUGUUUAUAUUAUGUUUAUUGCUAUUUACAUAUAUUGCUAUUUAUGUUAUAUAUUUAAUAUGCUGGGUAUAUUUAUAUUAUCUGAUGAUAAAUAUUUAAAUACUAUACUCAAUAUGUUUAUUUUAAAAUAUGUGACAUUUUAAAAUAUUAAGCAAGCCGGUAAUAAAUGUAGUGGGGAGUAUUUGAUAGUUCAUCCAUUUACUUUUUAUUCUGAAUUUUGUACUGAAAAGAAAAUUCUUCUUAAUCCGUUUCCAUGGGUUUAGGUAGUCAUGUGGUCAGAGUAAUUGCUUGACACACACUUUGAUAAGUUUAUUUCACUUUAAAUUACAUUUAUUUUAGUAUAGUGCAAUCUGUCAAUGCAAUGAGUUUUUAUAUUCAGUUAAUGCUUUCGUUUUCUUUAUUGUGUGAAUGUUUUAACAUUGCCUCGUGAAUUAUAGAAUCUUUUAGUACAACUAAAUAAACUAUGCAAUACAA